AUUAUUGUGAUGCCAAUUCCACUUGCGAUACUCGCGAGCAUCGCACUCUCGAUACGGUUAUGGGUUCGAUGCUGUCUUGUUCGAAGUUUCGGUCGUGAUGAUGUUUUCUUGAUACUUGCUCAUAUCUGCUUUCUCGCUGCUUGUGGAAUCUUCAUAGCCAUUGGAGUUACAGAAUGGACCCAAGGUCUUGAACCUAUCGUCAAACUCGCAGAGGUAAACCAAAGCCUCUUCACUCUCUGCAUCUCACAUAUCCUAGGCAUAACAUUCUAUCUCCUCAACCAAUGUUUCUUCAAACUCUCCAUGGCCUUCUUCUUCCUCCGCAUCCCUAACCGUCCUUUACACCGCUGGAUCAUCAUCGUCAGCGUCACAAUCUCCGUCGUCUUCAACCUUAUCUUGCUCGGCAUCUCCAUCGGCCAAUGCGGCAACAUCGCAACCAUAAACCUCGAUAACCUACACUGCCUCUCCUGGAGCAUCCAAGGCCCAUUGAACUAUUUCUGCGCCGCCCUCAACGCAGCUGUAGAUUGGAUCUUCGCCAUCCUCGCCAUUUACAUAGUCUCUGGCCUCAGUCUUGACACGCGAUCAAAGGCGUCUGUGUACUUUAUCAUCUUACUUGCUUCAGCGGGAAGUAUAGUUUCCGUGGUCAGGAUCCCAUAUAUCCCUGGCUUGCGACUGGAUACAAACUACUACUCGCGCCAAAACGAUAUUAUCGCAUAUACCUCACUCAUCGAGUCUGCAAUCGGUAUAAUCGUAGCGUCCAUGUCGGUAAUGCGACCUCUC